UUUUUAGGGUGCUUCCCCAUCCCAGACGCCCCCACCCCUUCCGUUCCGAAUCCAGAUCCAGAUCGAGGCCGCCGGCCCCUUCCUCCCUGUCUGCCGGGCGCCGCUCCUCCCUCUCCGCGCCGCCGCCUCCUCCCCGGUCGUCUCCUUCCCUCCACUGGUCGCCUCCUUCUCGCACCACGCAAUCACCGAUUCGCUAUUCUGCUUGUUAUAUCUCUGUCAGCUUCUCCUUUGCCUUCACUUAUUCUCUCCUUCACAGCUCCAAGAACCUCUGGCCAUGGCGACGAAGCUUCUGAAGAUAUUUUAUCCACCUAGCAGAGUCCCUUGAACCAGUUCUUUGUUGCCUUCCACCCUGCAAAUACAGGUUUCUGCAACAAAUAUUAUUUGAAAUAUACAUCCACAAAGUGCCGCCGGCCAUCAAAGCACCGGUUCUGCCUCCUUUCUGCCCAACUGCCAGCUUGUUAAUUGAUGUUUCUGCAAGCUGUUCAAAGAACCACUCCUGCAACAUGGAAGGCCGAUAAAGCUCUUUCGAGUCUGUCUGGCGUAGUUCGCAAAGGAGUGUGACAGCUCUUUCGAGUCUCGUGACGCAUAUCAGAUCCGCACCUGUUGACCAAUUAAGAUGGUAGACCACGCUCGUGAGGAAACGUGGAUUGUCAACAUAAGAAAUCGACUAGAUGAACAGUUCGCCGAUCUAACUAAACUAAAGCCCGCAUUAGCGGCUCUAGACACCAGCAAGGACAAGCCAUCAAUAUACUGGACUGGUAGCCAUCCCGAAAGGUUUCCUGUCGGUAUCCUCCUCCUCAAGAGCUCGGGCAAUGUGGCUGAAAAGGACCACAUGUGGGAAUAUGUUGCGUUUAUGACCAGAUGGCUCGGUCUCGACGUGACUUUGUUCCUUAGAUACAUGAAGGAGAGGGAAGAUCUAGUCAAGAGCUACUAUCACUACGGCGGUGAGGAUUAUCAGAGGUACUUUGUUUUUAGAGAAAGCAAUGCUCUCCAGGAGUCAUUGCUGAUCGCCGGUUGCUUUUUAGCUACUGCGAUUCUCUUGUUGCAGAAGGUCCGGAAUGGUGCCGAAAUUCUACGAGGGUCCAGAGGUAACAAUAGUGAUCCAGCAGAUCAAAGGUCCCUGCAAUUUUCAAUUCUAUACCAAAGAAUAAUGAAAGAUCAGAUAAAGACCAAAAUCGACAUGUUGCGCAUCAGAAACCAGAUUCCGUGGUUUGUUGUCGAGGCUGUAUUUGCACAUUCAAGCUUAAGCGAGCUGUUUGGUGGCACCCGCAUGGACAGACUAGCAAUGUCGUGUUUUGAUGAUCUCUACCCUAGAGUGAACAAAUCCAAGGUUAAGGGCGGCAACCUCCCAUCCGGCGGCUUCAAACAUCUACUGCACAUCUUCCAUUGGACCCGGACACCCGAAGAAGAAGGCAGGUGGCUGGUGCAUACAAAACCCGAACAAGAGCAGCAGCCUGCAAAACGGUUUGCCGAGUUUUACAUUCCUAAUGCAAUGAACUUGCUUGAAUCCGCAACUAGUUUUAAACGGCUCGACAGUAGCUCGAUCGAUGUGGAAUACUCUAACAAGAGAAUAUCAGCACUGAUGCAACUAACACCCCUGCACUUGUUCCCAUACAGCAACGAAAUUUUCCACCAGCUUCUGAACUUUGAACAGCGGUACCCGGCGUACGGGCUUCCCGUGACAGCCCAUUUUGCAUGUAUGAAGAGCCUGUUACAGACCAAAGCAGAUGUUAAACUACUGCAGAAGAAUGGCAUCGUGCAGAACACGAUGAAGGGGGAAGAGGAUGUUCUGAGCUUUCUACACGACGUAGGGCAUUUCUUGGUGGAUGAAGUAAGAGCCUGCAUACCCGAUGACCUCGACAGCGUAUCGGAAAAGGUGAUCGAGCAUCAUGAAAGAGAUGUCAGUAUAGCGUACUCGGAGUUCAAGAGCCAGUUCUGCCCCAACCGAUGGGUGAUCAUAUCGGUCCUCGCCGCCAUCACUUUGUUCGUGCUGACAUUUAUUCAGACAGUAUACAGUGCACUUGCCUAUUACAAAGGUUCUUGAUCGUGCUGCUAGACACCACCGCGACUGGCCACUACUCUUCGGUUGAUUCCGGCAGCACAGCUUGCCUUUUCGGUUACUUUUUAUAUAUUGUUCAUCAUGAAUUGUUUGUGUGGGAUUUUUCUUUAAUCUGAAUUGUCGUCCUGGUUCGGUUGUAAGCAUUCGGAACUCUGAUGGCUGAGACCGGAUUCAUUUCCUUAAUCUAAAAAAAGAAUUGUCAUCCCGGUGUUCUC